AUGAAUGUAGAACAGCUAAAGAAGAAAGUUGAAAAAAGGCAAGAUCAGGAACUAAAAGAAAUGUUUAAUAUUGUAAAUGAAGCUGUAAUACUAGUGGAGAAAAUAGCAAUUACAGUUGAAGUGAAAAAAGAAAUAGAUGUAGAUGAAGCUUCUUUGACUGCAGAAGACUUAAAUGUCAAAGAAGACCAAGACGAAAAAUGUAAUUUCAGCUAUUCAAUCAAUACGUCUGAUAAUAAAGAGGAUGAUGGUAUUGACGAUAGUAGACCUUGCAAGGAAAAAAAAAGAGCCAAACUAUUUACACUUAGUAAAAGUCCCAAUUCAAACAAAUCAGUACCAAAAGCAUUUGUUGAAGAUGAUAAAGCUUGGGCCAGUAAUGAAGAGUCCGAUGAAGAUGAAAAGGUUCAAGAUACAAAUGAUGAAGGUGAUCAAGAGCAUUUGACAAUGAAAGAUAAAAAUGUUGGAAAAACUAACGAUGAUGAACAACCUGGUCCAAGUGAUGGUAAUAAAGAACAAGUAAAGAAAGGGUCUUCCAGGCAGAUUCGAAAGCUUGAAGCCCUCUUACAGAAUAUUCGAGACGAGAUAGAGCGGGUUCGGUCUCGAGAGCUCUCCUUGGAUGAUCUUGAGAGUGAAGUGUCAGAUUACCUGCUGGAAGACAAACUGCAGCAUAAAUUUGUCAAGGUGUACAACAAGCUGUGUGAACUCCACGAGGCCAAGUCAUACACAGGCAGACCCACAGAAAAGUACUUCAGAUACCAGGGGACACGGUAUGAAGCUGUCAACCGCAAGAUCGAAAGAUUCGUGAAUAAACGGAAGGUUUUCCCGGACUACCAUGACAUCCGGAACCUUAUUGUGAAUGUUAACAAGGACAAAAGACUAAACCUCAGGGCUCGAGACAUAGAUGAUCUUGCACGGGAGGCGUUCACCGAUGUUGGAAACCAGCUUCAGAAACGCCGCCAGAAGGACUUUGUGUCGUCUUUACAUUUUCCUGGGUCAGAGGUUAACCCAUAUAGUACGUAUGACGAUCCAGCCUUGUUUGAUCCCGACCUGAAGAAGAAACUAGACCACAAUAAGAAGACUGGGAAAACCAAAAUGGACCAGGUUGUGGAGAAAUAUGCCCAUCUACAAUAUGAGGUUGGGGAUAAGACUGAUAAUGAAGGUGAUGAUGAUGAGGAGGAAUCGGAGGGUGUGGUUGACCUAGAAGAACCCAUCCCGGGGGUAGACUGCUCCGAUAACGAGGGCGAUAGCAGGGAUGGGCUCCCUUUUGUGCCUGGAAUUUCUUCAGAAUCUACUAUGAAGCAUGUUGAUCAAGAUCAGCAGAAAUAUGGGAUAGAUAUCUGCAUUACUGCUGGCAAGGGUGUGAAGCAAGGAAGUCCAUCUUUAGAAAUAGAAAAACAGAAGCCAGAGAAUUUAGAGAGUGGAGAGACCAAGUCCUUCCGAAAGCAGUCGCAAAAGUCCACAGUUGAAGAUAAGCAAAUGGAUUAUUUCAGUGAGAAUCUGGGACUGAAGAGAAAAGCUGAUGUGCUGGAACUGAAUCUCGAUGAAGAUAAUGAUGCCAAGAGAGUGAAGCUUGAUAUGGUGGGUGGGACUCUAUCUGAACUUGACAUUGGAAAAAACCCAGAUGUUGUUGAUGAUGCUAAGAUUGUCGCUAAAAAAAGUAAAAGCUCAAAUUUGGAAAUUCAUAGUGAAGAUGAAGGUGACAGCGAAGAUUUUGCAUUUGAGGUCAUUGAAAACAGUGAUUGUGAAGCGAUUGAAAGUUAUGAAGACACUAGUUCAUCUGUAAAUGAAAAGAAUGUCCAAAAAGAAAGUGAUUGGACUGAUAUUAUCAAAGCAACAUCGUCAAUGGCCAGUGAGGAUACACACGAGGAAAGCAAUUCUGAAAAUAUCAAAAAAGAAAAGGAUUUUCUUAGAUUAGAAAGUGUGGAAAUAUUGCCUGAUAAAAUUGAUUUGCAUGACAACAUUGGUAAUUCUUGUGAGCUGAACAAAGUUGACAUUGAUCUCAAAGGUGACAAAAACCAAGUGCACGUAGAAAAAACUGUUAUUCUACAGACAGAGGACAUGAAAACAAAUAUGGAUAAAACCUCAGAUGACACCGGUGCAGUUGAAAGUGUUACAAAAGGGUCUAAAAUUGAAAAUAAGAGUAAAGCAUCUCAUGGAAUUGUGUCUGAGAAAGAAAGUGCAAUACCAAAAUCCAAGCCAGAGGUAAAUAUUAUUGGUGAAAUUGAUUUAACAGAUGACACUGAUGUUAUUGCAAUACCUUCAGAUGAUGAAGACACCAUUCAUAAUACUAACAAUCCUAUGAAGAUCAAAAUUGUUUCAGCAUGUUCUAUUAAGAGUAAAAAUAUUGCAGGGGUAAAAGAUACAACGAACGUAAUGACCAAAAGUAAAAUGAAAACACCAAGGAAGUCAAGAAGUGUGAAUGUGCCACAGUUUCAAAAUUCAGCAAUUGAAAACUUGAAUAGAGUCAUGAAGGAAAAGUGGCAUGAAGAACCUUGCAAACAAACACUUAAUAAAGCAUUAGUAAAUAGUAAACAUUAUAUAAAUUCGUCUAGUAAUGUCUCAAACCAAUUGACGAAACUACAAAACAAUAUGAGUAAAUCGCCAAACUUGGCCUUCCAAUGCCAGGGGUCAAAAUUUAAAGGUCAGGUUCAAACAUCUACACCAAAAGGUCUGCAUACAACUGUCCCAGUUCAUAAUUUGCUUCCUUCUAGUUGUAAUGUUUCACCUGUUAAAGGCCAGAUUUCAAGUCUUCAGAGUCAAAUAUUGGCUCUAAAUGGUCAAAAAUCACCAUUUCCGAUCUCAAAAUUCCAAGGUCAAAGGUUUCCUUUGAAAGGUCAAGGGUUGCCACUAAAAGAUCAAGCCUCACCGUUGAUACAUAUUAGGCCUGUUGGAUCACAGGUGUCAACAACAAAAUUUUCGUGGGAAACAACUAAAAUCAGCCCGUCUGCUGCGUCUACCAUGAUUGCAAAUACGAUAAUGCAGAAAAACGCGAGCCUUAAGUCCAGACAUCAAGUCGAUAUCGAGAACAAAGCUGCCUUGUGCAAGAAAUCCAAUUUGAGCGCUCCUCUGCAGGGAGCAAAGCCACUAGGCUUUACUGGUAACCCAGUAAAUACGUUUAGUGCUAACCAGAAAGUGACUCCUCAAUUGGGUGUAAGAGGCAGUGUUCCUCAUGGCAUGGGCAGGCAACAAAACAGAAACGGAAUGAAGACUGCAACCAACUCAGUGGUUGGAAGUGGUAACAAUCACGGGUCGCGUGUUUUAGCUCCAGCCCAGCAACCAUUCAAAACAGCAAAACCUGUUUCAAAAUUCAACAUUCCACUGAAACCGUUGGUGCCUGAUGUUAUAUUGAUAGAUGCUGAUGACAAAUCUGUGACAAUAGAUGCACUGGAUGACGUUGUUGUUGUCUCGGACUCGUCAAUCAGCAAUUCUAAUUUGGAAGAACCAUCUGUAACCAAUUGCAAAAGAGCAAUAAACUCAAAAUCAGACAGCAUCAAAUUGAAAAAGAAUAACAGUGGGAAAGACACUGUUGUGCAAUUAAAGGUAGAUGAUAUAAACGCAUCUGACCAAUCAAAAAAAGGAACUGAAAAUGAGACCCAGGGGUCUUGCCAGACAGAAAGAGAUUCUCUGGAAAGUGUUGCGGAUAUAUAUAAUGAUAUAAAAAGUCCACCUGUACAGGAGACUGACUUUGUUGUUGAGCUUAACGUUGAAUUUGACGAAUCGGAUUCGGACAGUGAGAGUUUAUUAGAUAAAAAAAUAAAGACAGAAAAUGUAGAUAAUGAAACUCUGGGAGGUAUCUCUUCAGUUUGUUUGGAGCAGACAAAAUAUGUUAAUGAUGAGAGAACUACACAAGUUUUAAAUCAUCAAUCAGUGAAAUGUUUAGAUGUUGAUAUUUCAAAAAAAGUGCGCUUUACGUCACCGAGUGACAAACUGUGUGAUAACUCUACAAAUUAUUAUGGGAUUGAAGAAAUAUCGAGUACUUCAUAUGACAUAGACCAUGUUCGCCAAAGAAAAAUGAAGUCUGACAAAAUAUUACAGAAUGUUAAAGUUAAGAAAACUAUUGACACAAAAAUAAAAUCACAACCUUUGCAAACCUUCACAGCAAACAAAGGUUCACCAAUUUCUAAGAAAGUCAAAAGGUCGAAUUGCUUGUGGAGCGAUGAUGAAAAUGCAGGUAUUAUUGAAAGUUACCAAGAACCGGACUCGACUCCGUAUUCUUUGGAAGAAAACACAAUCUCGUCCAGUGGUCAUGUGAUUGUUCUCUCGGAUUCUGAGUGAUUAAAAUGUAAUGCCAACCUUAGCACGUAUUCGCCAAACUAAUCUUUUGUAUUGAAAUAGAGGUCAUCAGGUCAAUGUCGUUGGGGAUUGAAUGAUGCAAUUUGUGUUCUGGUAAUAUAUUGAGCAUUCGUGGGAUCAUAUUUAAUAGUAUAAUAAAAUGUUUCACUUAUGUAACUCCACAUGAAUACAAAACAUUAUUUAUUAAGGUUCGUUAUUAUGGCAUUAGCAUCUUUCAUAGCGUCAUAAUUAAAAAAACGUGUAGUUUUACAAUCUUGAGUAAGUAUAUUCAGUACAUAUAAUUCUUCUUACGUGUUAUUGACCAUAUGGAAUUUUUUAGGGAACCAUUAUUUUUAAAUGGAUUUGUUUGUUUUCAAAGAAACAUUGUCAUAACUUUAAAAACGUAUGCGUACAUCAUUAUAUAUGUAACCAAACAAGCGAAUAAGAAAUGAUUACCAAUGACCAUGAUGAAAAUUAGAGUAAGGUGUCGUUUAUCAUAAUUAUGAGUAAAAGAACAAGCGUCAGUAUCUCAUUUCAUUGGUAACUCGUUUGUAUAACCAUUGCUAUUUUAAAUGAUAUUUUUAUGAUAUUUUCAAAAAUAAGAAAAUUUACACAGGUCCCUGUAAUAGAAAUCCUAUUUGCAUGGGUCUGCACAUGCUAGCGCUUCCAGUUUAUUAAAAUAAUGUUAAAUAAUGUUAGCAAGUUAAAUGAUGCUUAUAUACAAUUUUACAAUUCUUUCACGUUUCAUUUGUUUUCACCUAGUUCAAAUUGACGAUAAAAAUUGUGAAUAAAUUGAAACCUAUGUCUAUUAUCCGCUCACCUUACAAAGCAGGUUUUUGUUCGGCAGGAUUUUGUGGAAAUCGUGUUUAUUAUGUGUUAUUUUUGCAGCAUUUUAUUUGUAAUUUGUACAAAGUAAUGGUGCGUUUUUUGUACCUGAACAAUGCUUGUCAUUUGAAAAUACGGGGCAUGUCUUUCAAACUGUAAGACUUAUGUGUAAUGUAUAUAUGAGGGCAUCUUUUAUAAAUACCGCUAUUUUUGGAAUUGUGAAUAAAAUACCUGUGUCAGUAAUAUAUUUUAGUAUGAUACGUGUCACCUCUCAGUAUAUUAUGUUUUUGUUUGAGUGAAUGAUUCUGUUGUGUUAUUGCAUUGUUUUGAAAUUCAAAGCAUGAUUUAUUCAAAAUCGUGGUUCAUGUACGGGAACACUACUGGUUAGUUAUUUAGUUUAAUUUAUUCAGUUCCAAUUUGUUGCAUUUUAUUUAUCAUACCCGAACGCUGAUAUCGACCUGAAACAGAGGGGCCUGAUAUAAGUGUUUAUCUGGUCAGUAGUUGUUUAUUACAGCCAAUGUUUGGAGGCACCCUAUAUUACUCGGAAUCAACUAUGAAUUCAUCGUUUUCGUUAGAAAUAAAUCUGAUUCAGCAAAAAAUAAUUUUAUAACAACCUUUCGAGUUUCAUGCAUUGUUCUUUAUUCUUUAAAUACUAGUUUGAAUACAUAAUUAUUGUCUUAAUCUUGCACAAUUCUUAUAUUAACUAGACAUGAUCAAUUGCAACUUCCGUGCAGGAGCUUUGCGACAGAAUUCUGUCAGUGACCAGUUCUUUUAAGCAAUGGCAUUAGUAUCCUUCGGGCACGUUGCUGAUCGAUAAUUAAUUGACAACAAAGCCAACGAUUCCAUCGGAAAUAAUAUUGUUUUUAGCGGCAUGAGUGAUUUUGAAAGAAAUUUGGAUAUGUCUAUGUUAUAUCUGUAUGUAUAUUAUCGUAUGACAAUAAACAAUACAAUACAUUCAGUGUCCGACAAAUCCAUUGCCCGGAGCCCGGGGGCUACCAACAUUUUUCAUCGGGCUACUGAAAUUUUCCAGCUGACGCCCGCCGGGCUACUAUAAAUCUAUAAGAGCGGUAGCCCGGUUUAUUGACAGACAUGCGUAGAAUAAACACGCUGACCAUGUGUUUGUACACUGUGUAUUGCUUAUAAUCCGAUAACAAAGUGCAAUCAAUUAACUUAUCAGUCACCGAUCACUUGCAGUAAUGUCUUAAACAGUAACAGUGUAUUUUAAUCAUCCAAUCAGAAUCAACAUUUGUCGUCUGCUAAUAAUAUAAUGAGAGCCGGUUGGAUAGUUGGCGCACAUGAUGCAACAUCAUUUCGCAGUUUGGAAUUCUUUGUUAACCGCAACAAUGAGUAAUUGCGACAACGUUUUUGAUGUCGUUAAAUAUCCAAGGACGCCAAACAUUAAAUAAAUCAAAACAAUAGCGGAUUCUUCAAACACGUUAACGGUAACGAAACCGAAAAUAAAUAUUAAUGACAACUUUGUGAACGCGGUUAACACCUGCUUAUUAGUUUGCAUUGUCAAUUAAUAAUUGGAUUAAUCGACUGUAAAUCAAUAAUCCCAUAUAUGCCCGAUUUAUAAUAUUUUUAAAAUCAAAUUAUGGGUGGGUAAUAUAGACGAUAAGAGUCAUAAACACAAACGUUUGAAAUUUUCUAAAGUGUCAAAUUAAUUUCGGAAUAUGGUUCUAUUUAAAGAUAUGAUGAAAUAAGCUCCCAAUCAGGACCGUUGUAUUGCAACAUGCGUAAAUAACCUGCCACGGUUUGCACGUGUUGUGUACAGCUAUUUUAGGUUACAAAAUUCUACAUUUAAGAAAUGAAUUUCUUUGUCCUGAUAAAAAGCGCGCGAAAAUUGGCGUGGGUGUAUUUAUUUGUAAAUAAAAAUUUCGUAGCAGGUACAACAUUGAGAUCAUUUAAUUUCCAUUAAAAGUUUCGUUGUGAAUUUCAACUAAAGUACCGGGGUAUCUCGCGAAUUAUUUGGCAUUGACAUUUUCUCUUAAUAAAAUAUCAUGUAAACACGCUGUAUCGUUACCGUUAUGCUGUAUCAGUUCCUUCAUUAUUGAAACAAUUGUUGUAUUGUAUACUGACUGCACACAAGUGUCGUAACAUACGGAUGCAAUACGUAAAUUCGGACAGUACUUAAAGUCGGACACAAGUACAUGUAAAUAAAUGAUUUAAUACUCUUGAUUUCUUGAAACUCUGUAUUUGUUGUUAAAAAGGGCAAUUGCAUUGAUUAACACCAUACGAGUCAAUCGUAUUGAUCAUCUAAACGCUUUAUUUACGUUUACGACGUAACGUGCUGACCGAAUUUAAGUACACAUACAUGUGCACAUACAUGUAAUAUCUACAUGUAGUAUAUGAUUUUCUUUGGUACAUUUACAUUUAAGUACACGGUGCCUGUUCUGUAACAUUAAUUUACAAUAUUGACUGUGUACAUCAGACUACUUGCUGUUUUAUGUAUAUGUAUGUAUACAUAUUAUGUAUAUGUAAAUAAAGAAAUAAAAUAAA